GGGCGUUGUUCCGGUUAAAAAAGAACUCUGAGCCUCACAGUUGUCUCUCACUUCACUCCGUGUGCACCCAGUCCCAGCCUUUGGGGAUAAGAACAGAAAAUUAGGCUAUUGCAGUGGGACUCUAUUUCCUGGGUCAACUUUGCAUUCGGACUACUUCCUGGAGCAAGGACAACUAUCUUUUAGACAGUCGGAGGCAGAUUCUUUUCUCCAAAAUGCUGCUUUUGCUCCUGGGAAUCAUCGUGCUCCACGUAGCAGUGCUGGUACUUCUUUUCAUCACCACUAUUGUCAGUCAAUGGAUCAUAGGACCUGGGCAUGCAUCUGAUCUCUGGCAGAAUUGUACCAUUCAGUCUUCAGGCAAUGUCCAACACUGUUUCUCAUCAUCUACAAAUGAAUGGCUGCAAUCUGUCCAAGCCACCAUGAUCCUUUCCAUUAUAUUCAGUGUCCUUUCCUUGUUCCUGUUCUUCUGCCAACUUUUUACUCUAACCAAGGGUGGACGGUUUUAUAUCACUGGAAUCUUCCAGAUCCUCUCUGGCCUUUGUGUAAUGAGUGCAGCGGCAAUCUACACAGUGAAACACACAGAGUGGCAGCACAACAUGGAAUAUGCCUUUGGCUUUGCUUACAUUCUGGCCUGGGUAGCUCUUCCCUUGGCUCUCACUAGCGGAGUGAUCUAUGUCAUCUUGCGAAAACGUGAAUGAAACUUUCCCAAGCUGCCUAUAGGAAACUCUGGAUAUCCCUGUGGAAGGGGAAAGGAAAACAAUGAAACACACAAAAAAGAAAUAACAAAAAAUCAAAACCAAACCACAAAAAUGGAGGGAGAUUACUGUGUUGAUAUGUAUAUAAUAUCUAUGUUUUUUUAAAAAACUAUUUAUAACACUUUAUCCAUAGUACAUAGCAUUGUUAGCUUUUGUCUUGACAGUAUGCCUUGAGAUAAAUCCUAAAGAAGUGUCCAGGAAGGUUCAAAUACUAAUAGUAUAAUCAAAGUUCAAUCUAUUGUUUCAUUAUAGUUUUUCCUUGAAAUCAAAUGAUCACCUGAUCUUUUUCUUUCUACUUUCCACUCCAUUCCCUUACUGCCUUCACCUGAAACUUCCCACUUAUCUGUACCACUGCCCCUCAUCUAGAAAACAAAAUAUUCCCAUCUAAUUCUGAAUGGGCAUAAAUCUACAGCAUAAAAAAAUAUGCUGUGUGGAUUAAAUAUAAACUACUAAAAUCUCCAAUGUAUACAUUUCCAAGAAUAUGUUCUCCCCUUGAAAACUAGAACCCAUACAGAAAGACAACUAGCAAUUUUGAAGUAUAUAUCCCUUUUCAGUGGAUAAAACCAGUUGACACAGCCCAAAUGAAUGAUCAACUAGGCCACAUCUAUAAAAUGGUGCUAUGUAUUUACCAUUCCUUAUAUUUUUAAGUCAUUUAACCUACUCACUGGAAAACUCAGUUAACAAUUUUACAAGAUAAUGUAAAAUGGAGAAUUGAAUAAAUCUGUGUAAUAUAAAUAGCCUAUACCUGCUUUUGUACUCAGGCUGCUAUUAUUACCUUCUUUUGUAAUAAAGUCUUCAUAAUACUCCCUCCUUUUCUUUUCUUAUGACAAGCCUCUAGAUUCUCCGGGGCCAUGAACACUCAGGGCUCAUUUGGGUGCAGCCUCUUUUCUCUGCUACAAAGGAAUGUCUGGCAAUGACUUGUAUUGGCAAACAACUGUAGAUGUGUAUUCAGUGCCUUCUGAUGCUCAGACUCCCAACCUUUUUUGCUUUUCUGAUUUUAUACAACUUUGUUGACUAAAAUGCUUUGAAAUAAACUACAGAAUAACUCA